GACAGGGCGAGAUCAAGUCACAGACGGAGGAAGGCAAGAAAAAGAGGGAGAUCUUGACAAACUAAUAAAACCCAUUAAAAUGUCGGGACGGUCCGUGCGAGCGGAGACACGCAGCCGUGCAAAAGAUGAUAUCAAAAAAGUGAUGGCGGCAAUUGAAAGGGUCCGUCGGUGGGAAAAAAAGUGGGUUACAGUGGGAGAUACAUCAUUACGGAUAUUCAAAUGGGUCCCGGUUACAGAGACUAAACAGAUAUACAAGCCUAAAGUGUCAGGGACUGCAGUGAGGAAACUGAAGGGCUUUCCUACAGAUGUAGUGUUGGAAAACGCCCGCUCUGUGCUACUGGAUUUUCAGGAUGACAACAGUAACCAGAGUUUCCUAUCAGAUGCCUAUCAGUCUAAUACCAAAGUGGACAGCAGCAGCAACUCAGUGAGCCCUUCCCAUGCAUCCUACUUCCGUACAGAGGAUUCCCAGCCGCCCACCCUGGGACAGGAGACCAUGGAUGCCGAAAGAGAUUCAUCAACAACCAGCAGUGAGGUGACGGAUGAGCCCCCAACUCUAAUUAAAGAAGAUGUGUUGUCUCUCUCUACUCAGGAGGAAGAGGAGGUGAUUGGAGCCCCACCGCUUAAAAGAGUAUGCACUGAGCAAACCUCAACUCUCAGUUAGCACCACUAUGCUGAACAUUGCAGGUAAAAGUAUAGAAGAAUUUCUGAAAGAGACUAAACUGUACAUUUAAGAGACUUUUUACAACCUGUCAAAUGCCUGAAUUUCACUUUUACAGUAAAUGAUCAAGAA